AUGCGUAGCCACAAGUUUCAAGUCCCAUGGAAAGAUAUCAACAUUGGUUUCUCUGAAAAGGACAGAAACAAUCCUGCCGAUGCUGCAGAUGUUGGCGCGACCGGCAAGACGGCGAUAUGUGUGUUGGAAUUCUCCGACGUCAACGUAAGAGCCGAAAUUGUGUUCAAUGGUGACUGCGCCGGUAGCGGUAUUGAUGCCCAACGGACCGGUGAUGUUGUCAUGCGCCGUGACAUGUCCAAGGACGGUGACUGGGUGGACAAUGAUGCUGCCAUCGAUCGAACAUUGAUUGAUACUUCUGCAAAAAUACCAUCUUUCACGAUCUUGGCUGGGAAUCUUGAGGACGGCUUGGCACAGUCUGGAUUUGAGGAAUGGUGUCGCAAGGGGGCGAGAUGUUAUGCUGCUGAAAGUGUUGCAACGGUACGAAGAGAAUAUGCUACUGAAUACGUUGUGGGUUGGCCGGCGGAAAAACGAGGUGCAACACAGCCGGGUAAGGCGUACGUUUGGAGGGGGAUCACAUACGACGUGAGGAAUGUGAUCACACAGAGGUGGGGUUAUGGGGUUGAAAUCUCAAAAGGUUGUCUUGAGGAAUGGCAGGUGUUGAGCACGAUGCGUGCCGAUUGUCGUGAUUGGGGGUCGCUGGAUGUUAUUUCAUCGUACCUUGGGGCGAAAUUAGUUCGGACACCUGCUUCGAAUUGA